AUGUUCGAUAGAAGUUCUCACCGAGAUGUGGUUUCUUACACAGCUUUGAUCACGGGUUUUGCUUCUAGAAGAGAUAUCGGAAGUGCUCGUAAGCUGUUUGAUGAAAUUCCGCUCAAAGAUGUAGUGUCAUGGAAUGCAAUGAUUUCAGGAUAUGCCGAAAACGGUAACUUUAAAGAAGCAUUAGAAUUGUUUAGAGAGAUGAAUGUAAGGCCAGACGAGAGUACAAUGGUCACUGUAGUUUGUGCGUGUGCUCAGUCUGGUAGUAUUGAAUUGGGUCGUCAGGUACACUCUCUGAUUGAUGAUCAUGGGUUUGGUUCAAAUCUCAAGAUUGUUAAUGUGGUGAGUUGGAGACAGCAUGUGGUUUGUUCGAGGGAUUGUCGAACAAGGAUGUGA